AUGCGUCCGUCUCAGGACCGCCGCCCCUUCCGCCCGCCGGACCGGUUCUCGCCGCCUCCCCACCUCCACCGCCAGCCGCCCCCUCACGCGCGGCAGUUCGCGGUGAUCCUCCUCCGCGCGGGCCCCAGCUUCUCCUCCCCGCCGGCCACGGAGGUCGACGCCCUCGUCGCGGGCCUCCAGUCGCCGCCCCCCGACAACCUCUCCGUCUGCUCCGCCGGCCGCCAGGCCGCCCGACUCCUCUUCCGCUCCCUCCCCGCCGCCGCGGCCGCCGCGCGCGAGCUCUGGUCGCUCCGCCUCGACGGCCUCCACCUCCUCACCCCGUACCUCCCCGACGCCGCCCUCGCCUCCCACGCCUUCCCCCUCGUCGCCUCCCUCUUCGCCUCCCACGCGUCCCGCCUCCUCGACUCCGGCCUCGUCUCCCGCUCCGCCGCCCGCUCCGCUGAGCUUGCGGUCUCCAUCCAGUCUGUUAAACGCCGCCUUCGCGGUCACAAUAACUUCCGCGACUUCGAUCAGUUCAAUCUCCAGAAGAAAACAUUGGAGGCUGAGAAGGAAUUGGUAGAUGCCAAAAUUGCCGAGUACAAAGCAGCGAUGAGUUCGAUAAGGCGUGCCAUGUUACGUGGGACGGAUGACGAGGAGGAGGUGGAGGAGGAAGGGGUGGAUGUGUUUGGGAUUGGGGAAGGAGAGGAUGUGGACUUUGUGAGGUUGCACAUGAUGAUGAUGCGCGAGUGCAGGAGGCUCAACGAGGGGCUACCAAUCUACUCAUACCGCAGAAAGAUUCUCAAUCACAUUUUCAAUAACCAGGUUAUGAUCUUAAUCGGGGAAACUGGUUCUGGGAAAAGCACACAACUAGUUCAGUUUCUUGCUGACUCAGGUCUUUCUGGUAAUGAUUCAGUUGUCUGUACGCAACCUCGGAAAAUUGCUGCUUUAUCAUUGGCACAUAGAGUCGAUGAAGAAAGCAAGGGCUGCUAUGCGGACAAUUUUGUGUCGUCAUAUUCAAGCUUUUUGAAUUAUCAAAACUUCAGUUCGAAGAUUAUAUUUUGCACAGAUAGUUGUCUUCUACAUCACUGUAUGAACGAUGCGGACCUGAAUGGCAUUUCCUAUAUCAUUGUUGAUGAAGCUCAUGAAAGAAGUUUGAACACCGAUCUUCUCUUAGCUUUGAUCAAGCAGAAGCUGCUUGAUAGGUUGAAUUUGCGACUCAUUAUAAUGUCUGCCACUGCUGAUGCUAAUAGACUUGCUGAAUACUUUUAUGGCUGCCAAACAUUCCAUGUGAAAGGGAGAAAUUUUCCUGUUGAAAUUAAAUAUGUACCUGAUGUAUCAGUUGAUGCUUCUUUCAAUAUUGUGCCAAACUCUUUGUGUGGUCCUUGUGCUGCUGCUUCUUAUGUCAAUGAUGUUAUAAGACAGGUAAGCAUCAUCCACAAGAAUGAAGAAGAGGGUGCCAUCCUUGCUUUCUUGACAUCCCAGCUAGAAGUUGAAUGGGCUUGUGAAAAUUUCACCGAUGCAAGUGCGGUGGUACUUCCUAUGCAUGGAAAGCUUUCCCCUGUGGAACAGAGUCGUGUUUUCAAAAGUUAUUCUGGAAUGAGAAAAAUUAUCUUCUGCACCAAUAUAGCUGAAACAUCACUUACUAUAAAAGAAGUGAAGUAUGUUGUUGAUUCUGGACUGGUCAAGGACAGCAGAUUUGUGCCUAGCAGUGGUCUUAAUGUUCUGAAAGUCAAUUGGAUUUCCCAAAGUUCAGCUAAUCAACGCGCUGGCCGGGCAGGUCGAACGGGAGUGGGGAAGUGUUAUAGACUUUACUCCGAAGCCGACUUCAGUAUGAUGGAACUGCAUCAAGAACCUGAAAUCCAAAAAGUUCAUCUUGGCACUGCUGUUCUAAGAAUACUUGCUUUGGGUGUUAAAGAUGCACGGAAUUUUGAGUUUGUUGACGCCCCGAAUCCAGAAGCGAUCAAUAUGGCUGUGAAGAACCUUGAACAGUUGGGUGCUGUCAAAUGUAAUUGUAAUUGCUAUGAGCUGACUGAUACCGGACGCCACUUGGUCAAAUUGGGAAUUGAGCCAAGGCUUGGAAAAAUUAUGCUUGAUUGCUUUGGUUUUGGUUUGAGGAAGGAAGGUGUAGUUUUAGCUGCAGUUAUGGCAAAUUCUAGCAGCAUCUUUUGUAGAGUGGGCACUGAUGAGGAGAAACACAAAGCUGACCUUCAGAAAGUCCGUUUGUGUCACCAAGAUGGAGAUCUGUUCACUCUACUCGCUGUUUAUAAGAAAUGGGAGGACGGGCAUGAAAACAGGAACAUGUGGUGUUGGCAGAACAGCAUCAACGCCAAAACCAUGAGGAGGUGCCAGGAAACUAUAUCAGAACUUGAAAAUUGUCUAAAGCAUGAGUUGAAAAUUAUAAUCCCAAGUUAUUGGUGUUGGAAUCCUGAGGCUCCCAGUGAGCAUGAUAAGUUGCUAAAAAGAAUUAUCCUGUCAUCUCUUGCAGGUAAUCUUGCUAUGUUUUUAGGACAUGAAAGGUUUGGUUACCAGGUGAUUUCGACAGAUCAGAUUGUGAACCUUCAUCCCUCAUGCUCAUUGCUCAAUUAUGGUACCAAGCCAGAUUGGGUGGUGUUUUCAGAAAUCUUAUCCGUCCCAAAUCAAUAUCUGGUAUGCGUAACUGCUGUUGAUCAUGAUGCUUUGUAUGCAAUUCACCCAAUGUCUUCCAUUCAGCAACUGGAGAAACAUAAAUUGCAGAUAAAGGUGAUUAGUGGGCUUGGUAAUAACUUGCUGGGAAAAUUUGUUGGCAAAUCUGGCCAAAAUCAGCAGAAGAUCAUCUCACGUCUCAAGGAAGAUUGCAGGGAUGACCGAGUAACUGUCGAAGUUAACUUUAACAAUAACGAAGUUGUGUUAUUUGCUACCGCACAGCACAUGGAAAAGGUCUUUUGCAUUGUUAACAAUGCUUUGGAAUGUGAAGGUAAGUUGAUGAGGAACGAGUGCCUUGAGAGAAGUUUAUUUCCCGAGAGGUCAGGCAGUUCUCCUAUUGCACUAUUUGGCUCAGGUGCGGAAGUCAAACAUUUAGAACUUGGGAAGAGAUAUCUGACAGUAGAGGUUCUACAUCAAAAUGCAAGUGACAUCAAUGACAAGGAGCUUAUUAGCUUGGUGGAUAGUCUUGUUUCCGGUGUUGCUAAUUUUCAUAAAUCCAGUGGAAAUUUCCGGCUAGGCUCAGGUGAAACUAAAUGGGGGAAGAUUACAUUCCUCAAACCUGAAAAUGCUGAAGAUGCUGUCUCAAAAUUGAACGGGGUAGAAUUUUAUGGUUCCUCUCUAAAAAUAGUUCCUGUAUGUUCUCCUGAUAAUCAAGGUUUACGAUUUCCUUCAGUAAGAGCUAAAUUAUGUUGGCCACGUAAGGAAAGCAGGGGCCUUGCACUUGUAACAUGUGCCAGUGGGGAAGCUCAAUCUGUUGUAGAUGACUGCUUUGCCUUAGGAAUCGAUGGAAGGUAUAUCAGUUGUAGGGUUAGUAAGAAGGAGGAGAACUGUGUAUUUGUCGAAAGAAUUCCAUUGCAUGUAUCGGAGCUGGAACUAUAUGAUGCUUUUCGCAGCACAACAACAAGGAGAAUCCUUAAUAUCCGUCUGCUCAGGGUCAAGGAAGCCACUAUAGCUAGCCCCUCUGUUUCUGUAUGCGAAGAAGCGCUGAUUAGAGAAAUUUCUCCAUUCAUGCCAAACAAGAGUUUUCCUGGAAAAAGUUUCCGUGUUGAAGUGUUCCCUCCCGAGGAAAAUGACUCGAUGAUGAGAGCAACUUUAACUUUUGAUGGAAAUCUUCAUCGAGAAGCUGCAAGAGCACUGGACCAUCUUGAAGGAAGUAUUCUUCCUUGUUGUCAACCUUGGCAGAUAAUACAGUGCAAGCAUGUAUUUCAUAGCACUAUGUCCUGUUCAGUGCGUGUUUACAAUGUUAUCAGCCAGGAAGUGACUUCUCUGCUUGAGAGCUUCCGAAGCCAAAAAGGUGUGUCUUACAAUUAUGAGAAGACCGAGAAUGGUAUUUUCCGAGUAAAGCUCACUGCAAAUGCCACAAAAACAAUAGCAGAUCUGAGAAGGCCGCUUGAGAUUUUGAUGAAAGGGAAAACCAUAAACCACCCUGAUCUGACAUUAAGUGCAGUUCAGAUGCUCUUAUCCCGUGAUGGCGUAGCCCAUUUGAAAUCAAUUGAACAAGAAACUGGUACUUACAUUUUGUAUGACAGGCAAAGUCUAAAUAUUAAAGUCUUUGGACACCAACAUCACAUGGCUGAAGCGGAAGCGAAAUUGGUCCAUGCACUUCCACAGCUCCUUGAGAAGCGGCCUCUUGAAAUUUGUCUUCGUGGGCAUAACCUCCCUCCAGACUUGAUGAAGAAAACAGUAGAAAAUUUUGGAGUUGAUCUGGAAGGAUUCAAGACUGUGACGCCCUCGGUAAAGGUUGAGUUACAUAAACACCGCCAUAUACUUAAAGUUUGGGGCAGUAAAGAGGAUAAGCGAAGGGUGGAGGGGAUGAUCUCUGAGCUGAUAACCUCAGUUAAACACAAUGUCCCGGUUCACCUUCCGUCAGAGAAUUUUGGAGGCGGUAAAGAAGAUAAUCAAAGGGUGGCUGACAAUGAGCUUUCAAUGGAUGCAUGCCCUAUUUGCUUGUGUGAGACGGAAGAUCCUUUUAAGCUUGAAUCGUGUGGGCACAUAUUUUGUCGGGCUUGCUUGGUGGAUCAGUGUGAAGUUGCCACAAAAUCGCAUGAUGGGUUCCCUGUUUGUUGCCUCAAAACUGGGUGCAAGAAGCCAUUCCUCAUUGUUGAUCUGAAGCACCUCGUGUCAAAUGAGAAGCUGGAGGACCUAUUCAGAGCUUCCUUAAGGGCAUUUGUUGCAUCUAGGGCAGGAAUAUACCGUUUCUGCCCAACACCGGAUUGCUGA